UUUAUAAAAAAGUAAGAAAUCUAAUUGAAUUUAGAGAGAGAAAAUUCCAAAAAAGAAAUAUUUUUCAGCAGUAUCAUGGCGAUGCUUGUAUAUAAACACUCAUGUAUGUAUUUGUGUAUUGCAAAAGCAGCAAUUCAAGAGUAUAUCUGCGAAUUUACGUCCACGUCUUCUUCGUCUUCUUCUUCAUCUUCUUCUCUCUCAUCUCUCAGUUUCUGCUCUGUACACCAUUUCUGCUUUGUCUCUUCUUCGUUCUGGGGAGCACUGUCAGAAAAAUUUCUGCUCUUAUCUCUAAUGGUUCUGUAUGCGUGAUUCGAGUUCCGUGGCUAUGGUUGCGAAAUGUCUAUUCUGGUUUCUCUGUUUAGAAUCUGUUCGAUAAAAGGUUCUUUGAAAUCCAGAAAUGGAGAAGAAGAUGGAUACCAAUUCUCCCAAUGGAGUUCUAGAGGACUAUUUCAGGAGUGAAGAAUUUGAAACAAGUUCUUCCAAGCCACCUUCCACAGACUCAGCCAAUGAACAAAACUCAAAAACAUCGUCUCGAUUUCGAGCAUUUGUACAACUUUUAAGAAGUGGAUCAAAGAAAUCUCUGGCUACUUUGCAUCCCCUAAGUGCCCUUAAGAGCUCCAUAAGAAGGAGCAGCAGCAUGAGGGAGAACAGAGGGUUUUCCUCUCAUUUAGACUCUGACCCAUACAAUCUGAAUUCGCCAAGGAGGAAUUUCAGUCUCUCUGAGCUCCAACUUGCUACAAACAACUUUGGGUUUGAAAACUUGAUUGGGAAAGGUGGCUAUGCUGAAGUUUACAAAGGGCGUUUGCAAAAUGGGCAGCUUGUGGCAAUUAAAAGGCUAAUAAAAGGAACUGCUGAUGAAAUAGUUGCAGACUUUCUUUCUGAGCUAGGAAUCAUGUCUCAUGUAAAUCAUCCUAAUAUUGCUAAGUUACUUGGUUAUGGGAUUGAAGGAGGAAUGCACCUUGUUCUUCAAUUCUCUCCAAAUGGAAGCUUAGCUUCUCUGCUUUAUGGUUCAAAUGAGAAACUCAAAUUGGAUAUCAGAUACAAAAUUGCAUUAGGUGUUGCUGAGGGUUUACUUUAUCUUCACGAGGGUUGUCAUAGGAGAAUCAUACACAGAGAUAUCAAGGCUGCAAAUAUUCUGCUUACCGAAGACUACGUGCCUCAGAUUUGUGACUUUGGGCUUGCAAAAUGGCUACCAGAACAUUGGACUCACCACAUUGUAUCAAAAUUUGAAGGCACGUUUGGAUAUCUUGCUCCAGAGUAUUUGAUGCAUGGCAUAGUAGACGAGAAAACUGAUGUUUUUGCAUUUGGUGUAUUGCUUUUGGAG